AUGGCAGAAAAUCGUUUACGACAUUUCAAGAAUAAGGGAAAAGAUAGCUCCGUAAGUUUGCAUACUUUGUUGUUACUAAAGUAAUUUUCUUUGAUAUUAGGUGCGAUCGAAGACCGUACAAAAACUAAGUAAAAGAUUCCGAUGACAUAGAUACGUUCUCAGCAAGAUAAAUCGUUGUUCCAGAGGAUAUUUUACAAACAAAAAUGGUUUCAUUUACGCUUAUUCACUUGACAGAAAUUUAAUUUUUAAGUGGAUGGAUGUGUAUCAUCUUUUGAAGCUUAUAAAUUAUACGCGCAUGCUGUUCGUUUCAGUUCGUCUGACAGUGUCGAGUCUGUCGAGGGUGAAUUUAGAUUCACUCUGUACUCUCUCUGUGAUCUUGUAUUCGUACAAGGGAAAACAUUUAUUGUAGAAAAAGGGGGAAAGAUUGCUUUCUAUUAUUGAGGUCUCUCGCAGCACUUCCCUCUGAGAGAACCGCAUCCGUAUCGCGUAUCGUUUCCCCAACACGUAUCUCCAGUCAUUGACAUUGUCAGUGGUAUUUUUCUUGAAAACUUUUCCUUUACAAGUGAGCUUCCCAAACCCAGCUGUUUGAGGAGUAGGGAUUGGAGAAAUGUUGAGACCCUGGAUAGGGAAAGUUCACACAUAAAAUAAUAAGAUGCCCUGUCAUGUUCAGGACAGAGAGUCCAAAAACCUUACUGCUCCAGAAGCAGACUUGCCAAAUAGGAAUUUGGAGGAAGUAUCCCCCCCGCUCUUGACUACAACCUAUUGAUCACCUGAAACUGUCAAAGGUUGACACCUGGCUAAUCAAUAAAAUCAUUGACUCUAAAAGAGACAAAAUUUAACACCCCUUUGAUUUUUCCAAGAUCAGUUACACAAUUUACCUUUUUGACGGACCAGUGUGUGAAUUUUAAAAUUUAAUCCAAGGGGUCAACAUGACUAGGAAAGUUCUAAAGCAUCUUUUUUUUCUCACUUUUGCAGGAGUUACGACGAAGACGAACUGACGUUUCAAUUGAGCUCCGAAGGGUACGUAAUUCUAAUAGCAGGGCUGUGUUCUAGCAGCACCCAGUGCCCCCUGGCACCUCACUUUCCUCUUGGGAGUCUAUAAAGAAACCUUAGAUUUUUCAUAGAAAUCCUGUGCUGGGCACCCUGGAUUUCACAGGCUUCUCCUUAUGGACAGAGAAAACUGUCUGUAAUUCAAAGGUGCCUGCAAAGUAAGUUACCACUGUAUAACUGUUGUAGUUUAAUUUAGGCUAAUUUUUAUACUCUUUUUGUCAACACUUUUUCACUGUCUAAUUAGAGUAAAAGAGACGAUCAGGUUCUAAAAAGACGUAACAUCACUGUUGAGGAAUCUAGUCCACUGAAGGAAAUCAAUUCUCAGCAACAGGUACUUGUGUAACCAUUUCAACCUAACACUUGUUGAACAUUGUUUUUUUUCUGAUGAUUGCAUAAUGAAAAAACUUGAUUUCUCACCAGACUGUGACUCAAUUACCACUGCCUACAAUCCAAGAGGUAUGUACAAUGUUAUUCAGUAUCAGUUUCUCGAACCUGACUUGUUUUUUUGUCGAAUAUUGGACCGCAGAUUUAAUUACUUUAUGUUAAUUUCCUCGUAAUAAUUUCCUUGCAGUAUCUCAAAUCAAAUGAUGACAAGCUGAUAUUUCAAGCUGUACAGAUUUCAAGGUGAUUUCUUAUACUGUAAAUCCUCUCUUAAGCCCCCUGGGGGGCUUAUUUAAGGGGGAGGGGAGGGGGAGCUUAAAAGAGAAGGGGGGUUAUUAACUUUCUUCCUUGAAAAGGGAAGGGGGGGUUAUUAGAGAGGAGGGCUUAAAACAGGAUUUACGGUAUCUAUUAUAAGCAAGGAAAGACUUUUACUGAGAGCUGUCACUAAGAUUUCAUGUCGCCAGGUAUAUAUAUUAUGCAAUGAGUGGGCUCGGAAAUGAACAGAUAGAAAAUCUUUUUGUUCCAUUUUCCUUUUGCUUCCAAUGAAAGUAUCCACUGUAAAUCAUAGCUAGCCUAGCUUAAAUGAUCCUAUAAAUUGUUGCACUGAAAGCCUGUACCCGUUCCCAGUAUACAGUAUUUUCUGGAGUGGAGACUAUCAACUUCAGAGUGAUAAUCUUUCAUGCCACUAUGAUAUCUGUCUUGUUGUCACCAUAGUGCCAUUAGGAUUGUGUUAAAUGACAUUAGGCAUAAUUUAGUCAGACAUUGUCCAAAGAAGGAAUGUUAUUUGCAGCUCUAUGAUAACCUGAAACUUGUAUAAAAAAAUUAAAUUGACUGUUGAUUAUUCUUCAUCAUGAUAAUAUGCAAUUUUACAUUCUCUCUUGUUAUAGGAAGAUGUUAUCAAAGCACAAAAACCCUCCAAUAAAAGAAUUUAUUAAGUAUGUUUGUCCACUCAGCUAUUUUUCAAUUCAUAUGUUAAAUACAGUAGAUAGUCUAUUAAUAUUUUAUUACUUCCCCAUUUAUUCAGUUUUACAAAGUUAAUUGUUAGAUUUUCCAGCUAACUUAAAAAUAUUUCAAAUGUACUUUUCAGCUCUGGACUGGUACCAAACUUUGUAAACAAGUUAGAUCGAUCUGACAAGUGAGUUCAUGGCAGGUUUUUGCCUUGUAGCCAGCAAUUUCGUCUGUUCCUAUUUGUUGCUGAUUUUCAUGUUAGUCACAAUACAUACUCACAGCUCAUUAUUCUCACAUUAAUUUUCAAUCAAUAGUCCUUCCAUACAGUUUGAAGCUGCGUGGGUACUGACAAAUAUUGCCUCAGGUUCAUCAGAUGAAACAAAAGUUGUUGUAGAUGCAGGUGAUGAUUAUUAAUUAACUCAGUAUUGACCAAUUGUUACAGUCAACUCUCUCUAAAUAGUCAGCUAGAGUUGGUCCCUGCAGCCUUUCUUUUCCCUCUUUAAUAUUGUCUCUCAGGGAUAUCAUUCUGAGACAGACAGUUACAUAAUAGUGCUGCCAGUCCCUAUGGUGUCCAUCUUAGACGCCCCCUCCCCUCAGAGAAAAUCGGGGAGGGAGACAUCUGUGAAUCGCCAUCCUUAAUCAAGUUCCCGUUUCCCUGAAUUGUGGGGGAAAGCCUCUGAUUGGUUGUAAUGUCAAUGUCAUUGCGCAAGUAAUUUCCAGUGUUGUAAUUGGUGAAUGAAUCUUAGAAUAGAUUUCCUGGGGAAAAUCUCAGCCUUUGAGGACAGCUUAACACAUUAUUUUAUAUAUGUUUAUUUGUAUUUUGGCUCUCUGGAGUAGGCAUGUGAAGUGAGACCACCAAUGUUUGUGCACCGGUUGCGGGUGUGUCUUUUCUCUGCCAGUGGCUAUUGUAAAUAAAAGAGAAGGACCUACAGAAUUCAAUGCUUAAUUAUCAAAGAUCUUAUAUUUGGAUUUCAGCGUGAACAUUGCGUUGAUUUUUUUUGGCUAAGCCUGUGUACUAUUUUUUGGCCUACAAGUGCCGCUCAUGACUUGUAAAAUUAGACAAAAGUAGAGCCAUAAUUUCUUGCUGAAGAGAAGUGAACAAUCCUUUAUGUGAAACCUACUCAAAAUCAUCGAACGGAUAAACUCCUGCAUAAAACGCUUGAGUGGAAAUUAUGUAAACAGUGCUUUCGAGAUCAAACCAAAAACAAUGGGAAAUGAUGCACAGGAAACCGACCGACUUUAUGAGCUAAAAAAAGAUGGAAUAAUAUGUACGUGUUAGAUUGUUCCAAAGCAUAAUAUACUCAUUAUAAAUGACAUUUUAGCUAGAUAUUCUAGUUAAAGCCCUCACCCAAGAGAAUAACUGCGUAUGGUGAUGUAAAAUAGUCCUGAGUCGUGUUGGUCUUUCAACACCUUUUCAACUGUCAGGUAAAACAAAAUAAAAACAUUUAUGCAAAUGUAUACCACGACACAAUUAAGGAUGACGAUUCACACAUGUCUCUCUACCUGAUUUUUUCUUUAGGGAGGGGGGCGUCCAUCUACUUGCAAGUUGAAGUAAUUUUUAAAACAAUAACGUUAUAGGACCACUGGAACUGGAUUUUGUAGACAAAGACUUCAUUUAAGUUAAGCUUGCUUCAUUUAAAAUUAAAAUAAAAUUUGAUGAAUAAACAUUUAUUCACCUCUUCUAUAAGGAUUCUAUCUAUAACCCACUAUUUUUUAUAGUAGUAAUUUUGAGUUUUUACUAUUAAAAAUACAUAACAUAUAGCUUAUAGCUUUUGAGAGAACUCUGUCCACAAUGUAGAGCACUUCUCUGUUUAAAACAUUUCCUGUUUCAACUGAAAAAAAGUAGUACUUCAGUAACGGUCAUCCUGCCACACAGAUGUUUAUAUGUGUCAAUGUUUUUUAAUAUAUGUACUUUUUCUAAGUUUGUUUUUGUGAUUAAUAACUCUCCAUUUAUAUCUUUUAGGUGCUGUUCCAAGAUUUGUGAAUCUGCUAUCAUCCAGCCAUGUUCAAGUUCAAGAGCAGGCAGUCUGGGCCCUAGGAAACAUUGCAGGUAUCUAAGUUGUUAAAUGUUGCAAAACUUUCAAGCAUGUUAAUAUUCUUGUUAAUGUUCUAUUUAUGUCUGACCCUUGCAUUAUUUGAUGUGUUUGUGUAUGCAGGUGAUGGUCCACUACUGAGAAACUUUGUUAUAGCUUCUGGUGCUUUGAAACCAUUACUUGCACUGGCCCAUAACAGCAUGAAUAAUGUAAGUAAUAUUCAUGCCAGAGGCUUCAGCUAUCCCUACUCCCUCGAUCUUUAAUGUGCAUUCGCGAGAGCUAUGAUCCAAAGGCGUGGAUGGGGAAUACAUAAAAAUACUACAAAAGACUUAUCAUGGAACAUUAAUUUUUUGGGAACAACUAUAAAGAAAAGAAAAGAAAAAACUGUUGAUCUGAGAAGAUCAACCUUCCUAACCACUUUUUUCUCUAGUUCAUGUAGCCUCCAUAACCCCUCCCCUUCCACCGAAAGAAAAAAUACCAGUUGCAAGUGAAUUAAAUAGCUUAUAAUCAAAUAAGUUCCCACAAGAAAUGUUACAACUAAGUGAGGGUUGACAGCUGGUUGGGUAACAAUAUUUUGUUUCCUUGGAUAAUUUCUACAGGUGAAUUUCCUUCGCAAUGUGACCUGGACUCUUUCUAACCUAUGUCGCAAUAAGAAUCCACCCCCUGACAAGGAAACUGUCAUAGAAGUAAGUGAUACUUGUAUAUUACCCUGACUAUAAAUAACAUUGUCACUUAUUGCAUGCAUGGUCAUAGAGAGGAUUUGAUUUGCCUUCUUGUAUUUUAAUUUAAUUUACUUUUUAUUUUGUUUUUGAUUUCAGAUCCUUCCAAUUCUGACAUAUUUAUUGAUCCAUAAUCAAGAUAAAGAGGUAGAUUACUAUUUAGUACAUGUAGUUUUUUGGCAACACAAUUCUUCCAGUCAUUUCCAUUUUGUUAGUUUCAUUGAAAGCACUAUAAAUUAUGCUUUCUCUAAACAAACAAUUGUUUUUCAGGUGCUCUCAGAUACAUGUUGGGGCUUAUCAUAUUUGACUGAUGGAACAAAUGAUAGAAUACAGGUUAGCAUAAUAAACACAUACAUACUGUGUACCCAUUCACACUUGAAAUGCCUCAAAACACCAGUAUGGAACCAACCAUGUGUGAUGUUAUAAAUGUAUCAGUUCCAGUUGUAGAAAAAAGGUGAGAUUACAUGUCCAGGUAGAGGUCUACAUGGGCCAUACACCACAACUAUUGUUUAGCAUCUCUCUUGCAUUUUUGCAAAAGGUUUCCUACGAAAAUUAACCCUUCUUUUAAGUAAGAAAAAAUGUACAGGAUAGUAAAUUAAAAGGGAGGAAAGAAAACCAAAAAUGAAUGCAUGCUAAUCAGUUAAUCCUGAAGUGUCACCUGUUCAGCCAAAAACCUAAAAAUUUUGCAUUUUGUGUAUUGCUGGAAUGUACCCAGGAGAUCACAUCUAUAAAUAAAACUAUUGAUGGUAAAUUUCCUUUGAUAAAAUUUAGUCACAAAAACAUUAUUCUUAGGGGGUAGUCAAGGUUGUAUAUCUAAAUUGCCAUAUAUAAAUGAGUUAUUCAAGAAAACCUGUUCUUGCUUCAGCUUGUCAUUGAUUCAGGAAUCCUUCCAUCAUUGGUGAAUUUACUGGGCCACCCAGAAGUUAACGUCGUGGUAAGGACUUUUUCCAUCUGUUGUGAGAUCACUUAUUUUGUCAUUAGCAUGUCAACCAAAAGGUUGACCGUGUAUAAAUUUAUAUUAUUGCAUUGAGUACAAACUACAAAGGUAGAAACAGAAAGACUUGCUGCAUUUUAAAAUUCAAAUUCAAGAGUACAGUAACGUGGCCUUCCACUGUGUCAAACUUUUAUUUCUUGUUUAGACACCUACAUUGAGAGCUGUUGGAAACAUUGUCACAGGGACUGAUGAACAGACACAAGUAAGCAGGACAUUUUCCAUUAAAACCUGUCGGAAAUUUGUACAUUAAGUUCACUUAAUAUUUGAUUAAAAAAAAGGUACAAGGAAAGGAACACUGGACUGAACCUUCUACCAUGCAUGGAGAAUAAGUCAAAUGUUUAUCAAUGUUGCUUAUGGUAUUCCGAUAUUGGUAUAUUACUAAAUAAUAUUUGAUCCAGUUAAAUCUGAAUUACCAGCUUAGCAGCUACAUAAGUUGAUGCUAUAGUAAGAUGUGAGCAGGAAAUGUCUUGGACAAGGAGAGCUUUCAGAAAUGGUAAAUUAUCUGCUUGGUUAUUAGUUUAAUAACACAAAAAUUUCUUGGUAGUUUCUUUGUGUUGUAGAUGCAUGUAAUCACCAAAAGACUGAAAAGACACAAAGCAAUAGCCACACCACAACUCAAAAGUGAACCAGCAAUAGUUUCUGCAACACCAUGAAACAAUCCCAAAAAUUAAAGUGAAAUACAUUACUAUUCCAUUCUUAAUGUCCUUUUAUUUGUUUUGUUUUAGAUGGUGAUACAGUGCAAUGCUUUGUCAUAUUUCAAGGAUCUUUUAAAACACCAUAAACCCAGCAUUGUCAAGGUCAGUUAUAUGUACAGAAGACUUAAUACUGUACUUUCAGUUUAUUUUCAAUCAGCUUUACCUUACAGGAUGUAAAGAAAGACAAUUUUACAGCUUGCCAUUUGGGCAGGCUGUAGCUAGCAUGUACUAGCCUAAAAGUUGAAAAUAAAUUUGAUGAGCAGGAUUGAUUAAGGUUCUUCUGUUAUUUAAAUGCCCCCCUAAAACUUCACUAGCCCAAUAGCAAUAUCCAUGAGUCACUGGCUAGCAGACACUACUUUCUUUGCAUGCUGGCUUAUUAAUUUCUAUCUCACAGUACUGUCUUACCCCUGAUUUGUUAACAGGAGGCAACAUGGGCAAUAUCAAAUAUUACAGCAGGCCCCAAAGAGCAAAUUCAGGUACAGUUUCUGAGUAAAGUAUAAACUAUUCCUUGCAUGUAAAAAUACUACCGGUAAUUAAAAUUAAUAUAAUGUUACUCUGACCAAAUGAUAAGUUAAAAAGUAUAAUUGAGAGAGCACCUGUGGCACAACACACACAAGGAUAAUUAUUCCUUUAAGCCAUACAGAGUGAAUGGUAUACAGAGUGUACAUUUAUCCAGCUGUUUCGAGAAAGGUUGUUUCAAGAAAUGGGCACGCGACAAUCCUGAAGGGUAAUAUGGGAUAUGAUCAAUACACUGUUCGUAACGACUGAAGCUGUCGAACCUACUUUUGUUGCUUUUCUUUAGUACUCGUAAACAUAUGUCUGUGGCCUCCUGUACCAUUCUUUCAAAUUUCUUUGAACAACGGUGCCCUCAAAGCCACCCACAAUACCUUUCGGGAUUGUCAUGUGCACUUUUUCCGACAACCUUGAUCGAAAUAGCUGUAUAUUUGAAGCCAGCAAUAUUGCAACAUCACAAACAAUUGGUAUUGUGUUAAGUCUAGUAGUUUCCUUUCCAUGCAAUGAUUUUAUGAAAUAUGAUUAAAGUUAUAUUAUGCGAAUAAGUAGCAUCACGACAAUGCAUUACAUAUUGCUUACUUAGGGGUGUCACAGUACCCCCAAAUGUUUAGAAUAACAAUUGGAUGUAAAAUGUUCUUUUUUUGUUCUUGACACUAUAAAGAGAUUAAGAACUUUGUGUGUAUGUUUCAGUUUGUUUUCCUUUUGUGUUUAUUCCGCACAGGCUGUCAUCAAUGCAGGCUUGGUACCGCUGAUUAUAGCUGUGUUGAAGGUGUGUAAGCAUGAUACAAACUCUUUAGUGGGUUUAUGGAGCCAGCUGUAAUGAGAAGCUGUCAGUGCCUUACAACUGGAAGGUGUCUUUUUGUUAAUGUGUUCAGAAAGUGUUGUUGCCCAGUCAUUUUAAUACAAUCAUGUAAAUUGUUAUUACUCUUAGGGUUGUGAAUCAGUACGGGCAGACUUUAAGAGCCAAAAGGAAGCAGUGUGGGCCAUCACAAAUUUCACAUCAGGCAGCACUCCAGAUCAGGUACAUUUCAGUUAUUAAGUCACUUGCUUUUAACAAAACACUUGAAUGUAUUAGUUACAAUAAUUUGUUCCAGAAUUUGGCCAAAAGUGGAAUUUCAAACAUUAGGUUCACUGGUCAUGAAAUUUAGUGAAAAUACAGAGCAAAAUUGUAGAGAACACCAUCAGGAAUGGACAAAAUUGGAGAAAAUUAAAAAAAGGUUGAAUAAGGCAACCGCUUCUUAGGGUUUUAAAAAAUUAAAGCCUCUCACUUUUAUUAUGAUGUGUUAAAAUAGUUUUGCAUUGUACAAGCUGAGUGUUGACCUUCACUUUUUUUGUAUCUUUCCGUUAGAUCACUUUUCUUGUGCAGAAUGGUGUCAUUGAACCAAUGUGCAAACUCUUGGAUGUCAAGGAUGCUAAGGUCAGCUUAAGAACCAUCUGAUUGCCCUCCAUUUUUAAAUACUCAGUUAUUGUUGACAGAUUAAUUUACAUGUAUGUUAAGGUUUUGCUAGAAUGAAACUGAGUUAAACAUUUUAAGUGAUUUAUCUUUUGUGGAGAAACUCAAAAGCUUAUUCCAUGAUGAUCAGUGUCAGCCUGGCCUCCAUCUAAAGUACCAUUCACUCUGAUGAAGGGCUAGCACACUAUCACUUUUUGAGCCUUUAUGCCAUAAAGUGAUCAAAAAUUUACCGAUGAUAUCAGCCAAAUAUGGGAUGAUGUGAGACAGUGAAAAUCAGACUUUGUAGAUGCUACUGAUAAACCCUAUGCCUCUGUUAAAAUAUUCUUUCUUGUUUACUGUAUGCUUUUUAAAAAUACUUUUUCCUGUUUGUACAAUAUAAUUACACAUACAAAAUAACCCUCCACUAACUGAAUUCACUGACUAUCUUGUUGUUGUUUUUUUAGACUAUUCUUGUUCUUUUGGAUGGAUUUAAUCAUAUUCUCCAGGUAAGUUGCCUUCUUAUGGUUGAUAUUUUAUUAUGGACUGACUGUGUAAAAACCCUUACACUCACUGCAGUUAAUCUGCUUUGAUUGGUAGACUUCCUCCUCCAAUGAUCGCCUCAUGGAAGAGGUUUGUAAGCAAAUGGAAGAGCAUGAAGGUAAAAUAUUAUUUCAUAAACAUUUUUAUGCAGAAUAGUGUAUGUGCAUGCAGAAGCUUAGAUGUUUUGACGUUCACAGUGUAGUUAAACCGUGUCUUUGUAAGCAGGUUUCUUGGGAGUGCUGAGAUUGAGGGGAUUGUCCUUCACUUGGUUAAGAAGUUCCAAGGAGUAACAAGAUUAGACUGACAGUAGGAAAUCCACAACAACAAAAACGUGAGGCUUACUAAACACAGUUGCCUGUAUUAUUAUUGCUCAGGUAUACAAAACAUUGAAGGUUUACAGACCCACCAGAACUUUGAGGUGUAUAAAUCAGCUUUGGCAAUAAUUGACAAAUAUUUCUCUGAGGAGGUAAGUUCAUGGCAAACUGCAGCGAAAGUUCAGGUCCACUUGAAUCAGUCUGUAGAUUCAUAUGAAAAAAACCAGUGGCAAGAAAUAAUGCCUAUAUAACUUGAAACUUGCCUUGCAGUCUCUCACUUCAUUCUCCUCCAUUUUUAUCACUCAUACUCCAUACUAGUUCUCCUCCUUUGCCCUAUGGAAUGAAAUUCCCAUAAUUAUUAUUUUCCCUGAAACUUCACCCCUUAUUAAUCAAGCCUAAGCACCCAAGCCAAAAAAAAAAGUUACAGUAGAACUUUCGUAUAAAGAAGGCCCAAGGGACUAGAAAAAUGUGUUGGCUAUAGUGCAGAGGUUUUGUCAUAUCAAGGUUCUUUUUCAUUUUGUUUUACUGUUACUGGAUGAAAGAAAAUCGUUCAUUAUACCAAGGACUUUGUUAUAUGGAGGUUCGCUAGAUGAGGUUCCCCUGACGGUAUAGGCUGAAACUGUGUUCAACACGAAAAAAAUGUGCUUAAAAUUUAUACACGCAAAAUUCAUCCAUGAUACAAUUUAGAAACAGCUGAGGCUGGUUUCUAAAUUGUCACAACGAUCACUUAAAAAUGUGUUUAAUCGCUAUAUUGACUGCUACUAAUGAUGGAAACAUCACUUCACAAUACCAGCAGUCAUUGCAACAAUGAUAUAUUCUGUCUUUAGUUUUAAGGCUGGUUUCUCUAUAGGUCUGUUACAAUCAAUGGACUUUUUUCAGCAAUCAUAGUCUUAAUAAAAAAAACCCACCACUCCUCGUUGCUGGGUAAUUUGUACAUUGUCAACAUGUACAAGUCAAUUCUGAAAUUACUGAAUUGAUUACUUUAUUUAGAGUACUGAAGAAGCAGAGGCAGUAGCUCCAGUGGCCACAAAUGAAGGCUUUAAGUUUGGCACUCCACAGGCAAUACCAGUGGGUGGAUUUCAUUUCUGA